CUCCGCGGGGGUCUGGCCCUGUCCCCUCGGAUCCCGCCGACGGUGUCCCUCUCCGCGGCGGCCCAGCUGUCGCCUCCGGGGAGCUGCCCGUGAGGUCGCGCGUGGCAGGGCUUCGCCGUGGGGGUCCCGCGGUUUUGCCGCGGCACGUCUGCAUUCUGCCGCGCACUGCCUCCCACGGGGUCUUGCCCAGAGGGUCUGGCGUCCGCCCACGCUCGGCUACACGGUUCCGUCAGGCUUUCUUGAGCUUCUCGGGGCCUGGGCGUCUGCACCUUUCCCUCCUCUUUGUCGUCCUCCUCCCUCCGUCCCUUCGCCCCCCUCCGCCGCCCGGCUCACAGACCUUGGACGUGGGCGGACGAGGGUCCUGCUGAAGCUGGGGGAGAAUUUCAGCCUUCAGGUGCUGAAUAGCAGCUCCACCUGCGAGUUCCCGAGGUCGGGCGACCAGGUGACUGUCCACUACACUGGCGCUCUUGCAGACGGUGGCAGGCAGUUCGACUCGUCGCGAUCCCGCGGGGAGCCCAUCCAGUUCAUCCUUGGCCGCGGCAAGGUGAUCCGUGGCUGGGACCAGGGCCUCAAGAUGAUGUGCCUGGGCGAGAGGGGUAUUCUCCAUGUGCCUUCCUACAAGGGCUACGGCACUGACGGCGCCCCACCUGCCAUCCCGCCGAACGCGGCGCUGGACUUCGACGUCGAGCUGUUAGGCAUCAAUGGCAAGUUCGCGCCGCAGUACGAGCCGCCCCUGGCGCCGCGCCCCGCCAACAACUCCGUGGCCCUGGGCGCCCGGCCGGGCGGCGGCAGGGCGGCGUCGGCAGCGCGGGGCGCUGGCGCGAGGGGCGCGUCGCCGGGCGCGGGCGCGGCCCUGGCCGCGGCUGCAGGCUGCGCGGUGCUGGCGGCGGCCUGAGCCGCACCCUCGCGCCCGCCCCGUGUCCCCGCGCGCGCCCCGUGCCCCGCGUGCGCCCCUCCUCCUCCUCCUCCUCCUCC